AUGGUGGUGAACGGUGGGAAUGGAGGUGGUAUGGAUGGUGGUAUGGGGAUGCAGCAGCAACAACAACAGCAGGCUAACGCUGCGAACCGGCCUUUGGGGACCGAAUACACUCUGCAGGGGGGAAAUGAAGGCGCGUAUCGCGCAGCUCGAAGGAAGCUGAAGCGAGGCGAUGCCACGCAAAACGCGUCCAAAAAGUAUAUCAAGUUACUUCAGCGCAAAAUCAAGGAGCAGUCAGCCCAGCUGGCUGGUGAGGGAAAAUACGACCCUGCUCAAGAUAUCGCUGAGGACAAGGAGGCCCGCACCGCUCUUUUGCAAGAGAAGCUGGCAUCCAAAGGCCUAGCCCAGGACGAUGCCGCCGUACCGACCGGAAAACCAGAGGACGACGCCUCGCGCAAAGACCUCAAAUCCUUCCUCGACAGAUGCCAAGACCAAUUUACCUCUGCGACCACCUCCAACUUCCAAAGCCGUGCUGCCGAGUCUCAAGUGCAACCCUUGACCCGAUACGAUGCCCAAAUCCCCGGCCGAUUUGCCAACUCUCAUCGACGUAAAAGCUCCUCGUCGAGGCGUAGAAGUCUCGAUAACGAAUUAUCCUUGAACGCGACCAAUCAACAAGUCGAAGGCGGAAGCUUCAAGUGGAGGUUUGGUCUACGUGGCCAUCUAGAUACGGUCCGUAGUGUGAUAUUCUCUGGCGGUGGUAGCCCCGCGGAGCCGGAAAUAUGCACCGCCGGCGACGAUGGCAUGAUUAAGCGAUUCAACGUCCCCCGGCUUGACAGCGUUGGGGACCCCAGGCUCCAAGGCCGACCUGGAUGUUACUGCGAACUUUACCCACCGUGGCCACGCGGGGCCGUUCUCUGCCUUGCAGCGUGGAGCCCAUCACCCAACUUUGUGACGGGUGGGCGGGCGCAGGGUGACGGUUGGAUCUUCUCUGGUGGCCAAGACUCUACGAUCCGUGUUUGGGAGCGCGGCCGGAUCGACCCCAAGGCGAGCUUAGAAGGUCACGACGAUGCAGUGUGGGCUCUCUGCGUCCUUCCUGGCACAUUGUACUCUGUCUUCGGCGCAACGAAUGGCAGCACCAUUGGCAACUCGGAUAGGAUACUGCUGGCUUCGGGCUCAGCGGAUGGCACGGUGAAGCUCUGGGCUAUAAGCACGCCGCCUAGGCUCGGCUCUCCACAACCGGGACCGGGGCCUCGCCGGCCACCCGGCAGCUCUGGGCGCGUCCGCGGCAACUCGAUGAGCUCGGGCAGCGGGUUUACAAACUCCCCACAGGCCACCGGAGAAUCGAUAGUGGUCUCAUAUGCGGACGCCGUGGUCAUGGUCUACGACACCAAGACUGGCGAGUCGAUCGGCAACUUGGCCAGUCUCGAAACUUACGACGGCACGAUGGCUACUAGCGUGAACGCGGUGGUGGCCACAACGGCGGGGUUGGAGCAGCAGCAGCACGGCGGUGGCCUAGCGGACGAUGACGCUACUAGUGCGGGGCCGACAGGGGGCAAGUCCAUGGCGGGCACGGGAGUGGAGGGGGUUAUAAUCUCGGGACACGAGGACCGUUUUGUGCGGUUCUUCGAUGCCAACAGUGAAACCAUGUCUGGAAUCCCAGAGGCUGCGAAAGAGGCUUCUCCUGACAGCGCUUCAACUGGUGUCAGCUUUUGCAUCGACCAACAUCCCUGCCUUACCCUAACGGUACCUACCCGGACCGGAAACUACAUCAUCGCAGCGCUAUCCGCCCUCGUCGCCUGGGCAGGCAUAUCCUUUUACGGUAUCGUCGCCUACUUCCUCCAUCAGCAUCUGGCCGCGCGCAAAAGCAAAGAUGUCCUCGACCUCCAGCUGCAAGUGCUCUUCCGCUCCGAGUCGGGCGCCUUGGAAUCCGCCUUCGAGGGGAUCAAGCUCUACUGGGCGUGGAAGAAUAUAGCGAAGCGCGUGUGGCGACGCAUCAUUCCCUUUUCCAUCCUCGCCGCCGCGGUCUGGUCCGGUUUCAUCAUCGCGUCCGUCCUCGUGGCCAACGUGGCGAGCGACGGCUACGGGGACGUCUUUGUCGUCGCGGUGCCCGAAUACUGCGGCGACCUGGCGUUUGGGAUGGGCAACAUGACGCUGGACGAGAUCAAGAUCGCGGACAACGACCCGAUCCUGCGCGCGUCGAGGAGCGCCCAGGACACGUGGUCCCAGAAUAACCUCAAGUGGGCGCGCGUAUUCGGAAGCCCACUACGGGAUCACGAAUCUCGGGGGACGGCCUCGCCGCCGGCAUCCCGGGCCAAGAAGCUCACGCUGCCCUACGCGAGCAAGGACGUGGAGUGCCCCUGGACCCUGGACACGCGGUGCCUCGGGGCGGGCAACGUCGACGGCCCGGCGGUGAACCUGGACACUGGUCUGCUGGACUCGCACGCGGACCUGGGCAUAAACGCUCCGUCGCACGAGAGGAUCCAGGUCCGCAAGUCUGCCACCUGCGCGGUGGUGGAUACGAACAAGUUCGACAGGGUGUUUGUGACGGAGAACAACGAGACGGUGUAUGGGAUCGAGGUCAUGGCCGAGGCGACGGUCCAAAAGAUUCCGGAGCUGAACAAGACGGUCAACUUUUUCGGGGCGAAGGACUCGCAGGUGAUGAUUACAUCAAGCUCAGCACUAACGUUUGGAACCUUUCUUUUUCUUCCCUUCUUACAGAAAAGCGUUCGUCUUGGGCGGCGUGCCCCGAAAGGAUGGUGUCGGUGGCGGCGCGACCACGUUCCCCUCAUCCCAACGUUCGAUACGGACAACUACGACACCUCCUUCUUCUCGGUGGCGACGGACGUGCUCUUUUACGAAAAGGUGCAGGACCCCCUGUACUUUGCUGCCCUAGAGUAUGCGGCCUUGACAACCGGGAACAAUGGCAAGUACGCUUACGCGACCAACCGGCGGUACAACACGGUGGUCUGCCGGGAAGCCUACGAGAUGUGUAACCCCAAGAACCAGGCGUGUACCGGACUGAGCCCGAUAAUGACGUGGGCGAACAAGGUGGAGGGUCUUGGCCUAAAUAGCCAUCAGAAAGUGACGGCCAUGAGGCUCAUGUUGAACUUUUACUGGGGUGGGCAGAUAAGCCUGAAUGGCCCCGAAGGCACGACGGAAGUCGCCUUUUGGUUCGCCACAUCCCUCUCCAACAUCCAAAGGACUGUCGUGGACUGGUCCUCCAAGCCGUGGCUGGACCCUCAGGCCAACGACUCGUUGAGCGCCCACGUCAACAUGACGCGGCUCGACGCGGCGUACAGCGCGGUCAACCUGGUGUCCGAGUUCGACGAGGCAUGCCGCAACACGGUGAUACGGACGUCGGCGUCGGUGCAAAACUUUAGCGUGACGGUGACGCUCGUGGUGCUGUGCAUCACCUUUUCCAUCCUCGCGACCAAGCUGCUGCUCUCGACCAUUGUAGAGCACGUGCGCGACCGCAAGCGCGCCGGCGGGCUCUUCAAUCCCUCGACGGCGGUCAAGGAGAUUGCGCGGGACGCCGACGACAAGUACCAUCUCCUCCGCAUGGCGCUGGAGGGCACCCGCAUCGGGGGCUGGGAGUCGGGCGCCUUUGGGGUGCCCAUCACGCGGCAGAGCGGCGACAUCUUGGCGCCGCGGCGCGAUCCCGUGCGCAAGCUCGCCCGCUACCCGACGUUCCCGCUGUACAGCGCGGAUUCGCGCGCGAGCACGUUUGUGUGCAACAGCGUCACCGAGUCGCCCACGGGCCUCAGGUCGCCGGCGCGGGCGAAUACGGGCGCCUUCUCCCGAGAUAGAUUCGGUCGUGCCGGUACCGGCGGGGGUCUGCAGGCGGUGUCGGAGGUGGACCUCGAGUCGGGUUUCGAUGGCGGCCGGUGCGAGCUGUCGAGCGCGUCGAGCCAGGAGACGCUCCGAGGCCGCGAGGGAGACGGUGUGGAAGGCGGCGACUACAUGUUCCACGCGGCGAUGCGCGACAUUUACGUGAGCAGUGGUGGCUCGCCGGCUCCACCACCGCCGCUGCGUCGUGAGGAGCCGCCCGCGGCGAGAAGUUGGGAUUCGGGAAGGCGGGGGUUCGCCGGAAGGGAGUGGAAUGAGCACGCCGAACUAUAG